GUGAGUAUCAUGGCGGCAACUUUCGAUAUCGAUCGUCGACCAGUGGGAUGCUGGUCGCUCGACGUUUCGCCGACCGCACAUCACCGUUCAGCACGCUGAAUAUUUUGUUAUCAUCUCCCAUCUUUUUUUAAGUUUCUCCUACUAUUAUGUAUAAUUAAACAGAACUUAUACUGCCAAGGUACAUGUGCCAAAGAGUAAGAAUUCGUCAUAGGGAGUGUCCGCGAGUGUUCUACUUUCGCAUGCAUUUGUAAACAGCGUCGAAGAUGCGGAUACCGGUGCUCACGAUAUUGCUCAAUGUCUUCAGCUUCACUUACGGGAGUAAAGUGUACGAGGCGAAUCCUGACACAAAGAGACUGUACGAUGAUCUCCUCUCUAAUUAUAACAGAUUGAUACGUCCAGUUAUUAAUAAUACAGAAACCUUAACGGUUUGGUUGGGACUAAAGCUGUCACAAUUAAUAGAGAUGAAUCUGAAGAAUCAAGUGAUGACAACAAAUGUCUGGGUAGAACAGAAAUGGUUCGACUACAAAUUACAAUGGGAUCCACAGGAGUAUGGUGGUGUAGAAAUGUUAUACGUGCCUUCCGAAAACAUAUGGCUUCCGGAUAUUGUGCUAUACAACAACGCUGACGGAAAUUACGAAGUAACAUUGAUGACAAAAGCCACUUUGAAAUAUACUGGUGAAGUGUCCUGGAAACCGCCAGCUAUUUACAAGUCAUCCUGUGAGAUCAAUGUGGAGUAUUUCCCGUUCGACGAGCAAUCAUGCAUUAUGAAAUUCGGCUCAUGGACGUACAACGGUGCUCAGGUAGAUUUGAAGCAUAUGAAACAAGAGCCCGGCAGCAACCUCGUUGCGAUCGGCAUAGAUCUCACUGAUUUUUAUUUAUCAGUGGAAUGGGACAUUCUGGAAGUACCAGCAGCACGUAACGAAGAAUAUUAUCCAUGCUGCGAGGAACCUUACUCAGAUAUAACAUUUAAUAUUACAAUGAGAAGAAAAACUCUGUUUUAUACUGUCAAUCUUAUCAUUCCUUGUGUUGGCAUCACGUUUUUAACGGUAUUAGUUUUCUACUUGCCCAGCGAUUCCGGUGAAAAGGUAUCAUUAUGUUCCUCCAUUCUCCUCUCGUUGACGGUGUUCUUCUUGCUGUUAGCCGAAAUUAUUCCACCGACAUCAUUGGCUAUACCUUUGCUAGGAAAAUAUUUGUUGUUCACCAUGAUUUUAGUUACUCUGUCCAUUUGGAUCACCGUCUGCGUCUUAAAUGUACACUUUCGAUCACCUUCCACUCAUAAUAUGUCACCGUGGGUAAGACAAGUGUUUCUCAAUUGGAUGCCGAGAGUAUUAAUGAUGCGUCGCACUCCAUAUUCUACCCCGGAAUACGAUGAUACUUAUAUGAAUAGUGCAUACAUCAACGAAAUAGAUUACAGUGUAAGUGGUUACCCUUUGGAGCUAAAAGGCAGCCCAGAUGCAUUCGAAAGCGUCACUUCUACGUACAAAAGUAUUAGAGAUGACGAUGCGCGACACAUACCGCAUGCAUCAGUUACUGACAGCGAAAAUACGAUACCAAGACUAUCUCCAGAUGUGAUAUCAGCUCUCAAAGGGGUACGUUUCAUUGCUCAACAUAUAAAGGAUGCCGAUAAGGAUAAUGAGGUCAUAGAAGAUUGGAAAUUCGUAGCUAUGGUAUUGGACAGAUUUUUUCUUUGGGUAUUUACAUUCGCGUGUAUCGGCGGUACGCUGGGUAUAAUAUUUCAAGCGCCCAGUCUGUAUGAUACGCGAGUACCUGUGGACCAACGACUCUCCGGUAUAUCAUUGCGCAAUUACAUGUAUCCUCCCCCGAACGGAACUUUUGAUGAGGAGUAACUAUUAAGGCACGUGUAAGAUAAUUCGCGUGUGAAGAACAAUGGUACAUUAUGUCGUGCAUAUUCUGCUGAAAUACAUUUGGUAUCCCUUCGUUCGACAUCUAUCAUCUCUUCACGAAGAUGUUCUUAUUCUCAUUCAUAUAUUUUAAUCAAAAUUCUAAAAGGAGAUAUUGAAUAUCUGCUGCAAUGUUUCUUCAUGAAUUAGGACAAGUAAUUUAUUACAAUAUUGUUAGAUAAAUAAAUCAUUUAAUUAGAGAAAGAGAAAAUCGAAAAUAUCUAUACAUCUCAAAAUUACGCAAUAAUUAAUUAAGCAAUCAUUCACACGCACAAACAGAAACAUAUAUUUCUUUCUAGCUGAAAAUUUCCAAUUGCGUGACAAUGGUUAUAAACACGUAAAUGUUAGACAAAGAUUACGGAUUGUAUUAUUGUUUCAGUGAUUUCUCAAAGCAUUUGAUCUCUAUAUAUCUAUAUUAUAUUAUAUUAUAUUAUAUAUCAUACAGAGAUCUAUAAUUAUAUUAGAUGAUGCAAAAAAUAUAUUUCCCUCCCUCCCCCCCGCCAUUAUAUGUCGAAAUAAAUUAUUUUACAUUAACCUGUACAUAUGUAGAUUGAUGUAGAUUAAAUUCCUGAAAUGUAACGAUUUUCAUCGAUUUGUAAGAAUUAAUAAUCAUAAGUGGUGUCACAAUAUCGAAAUUAUAAAUCAUUAAGAUAUUUGUUUCUAUAUUUUGUUGGAAAUAAUCACUCGCUGGUACCGAAUAGCUAGUAAAAAAAGAGCUUUCGACAUUUUAUUUAUUUACAUUAUCAAGUAUGAGCAAUAGAGGUCAAUUUAUUUCGACAUAUGCAAAGAAAAAAUUCGCACGAUUCAUGUUUCAAUGUAGUCGAUAGGAGACCCGAGAGCCUUAAUCGUGAAUAAAAUAAACGUUAAACAAGCCAAUCCAACAUAUUUUCCAUGGGUUAAAUAAAUUGAAAUAAGAGUCACAUUGUAAAUGAUUCAAAUUUGGCAGCUCGUACAUGAUUUUACAUCCACGUUGACAGGACAUUUAUUAUCAUAAAAACGGAACGGUAACUUUUAUUUUCAUUCGGAGCACACAUUACACGACCAAGCAUUUUCAAAAUAGCCCAAAAAAACUGUAGUAAAAUACUUAUCUCAGUCAGAUCAGACUCAGAAUUUUAAUAAUGAGUCUGGUUUAUCAAGUGAGAUCAGAAACACAAGUUGUAUCUGUUUCGAGGAAUGCAAUGUUAUUAAAAUUACAAGAAAUACAAA